UCUGACUGAAUUGGUCACGUGUCCAAUUACACGUUGAGCCGGUGACGUAAAUUAUUUAAACAGGAAGUCAUUUACAUAUGUGGCGCGAGGUUUCAGCGUGGCGGCUCGGAAAGUGAUCUCGUUUGUCCCAGCAUGGCGAUGUUGUUUGACGAUAUCUCAGAGAGGCUGGUCUUCUCCAGCUGUGGAGAAGAAAGCAGCAGCAGCAGCAGCGACAACUCCGAUGACUGCACCUCCAGACUGCAAAGCCCCAGCAGCUCCGUGUGCAGAACACCCAGGGUGCACCGCCACCGCAGUCGAAGCUACGCUUUGUCGUCCCCUUUACGUUGCACCACCCCCAUACCUUACGCCUCCUGGAAGAAACUGAGGGUCUGUGACUCCCCAAGCACCCCCAAGAGUCUGUUGUUCAAGUCCUCUCAGCCUUAUUCCACCACAAAGAUAAAUCCAAGGAUGUGGCGUUCCUCCUCAGUAGCGGCAAACCUGUUCCAGGCGCCUUCAGUCAACGUGAACCCUUUCACUCCCAACUCCGAGGACAGGAGCAGCGAGCAGCAGUGGAAGCGGAGCUGCAGGAGCGACAGUUAUGAGGAUUAUGGACGCAGGUUGAAGCACAGCCUGAUGUCGUCAGAGGAGGAUGAUGACUUCCUCCCACCAAAGAGGCAAGCUGUCCAAAAUUUCAUGCUGUCACGAUAUGAGAGCGACUUCCUGGAGCUGGAGCGCAUCGGCGUGGGCGAGUUUGGGACAGUUUACAAGUGUGUGAAGAGGCUGGAUGGUUGCCUGUACGCCAUCAAACGAUCCCGACGACCCCUAGCAGGCUCCGCCGACGAGAAGCUUGCACUGAAGGAAGUUUACGCACAUGCAGUUCUUGGCCAUCAUCCCCAUGUUGUUCGCUAUUACUCCGCCUGGGCUGAGGAAGACCACAUGAUUAUUCAGAAUGAAUACUGUAACGGUGGAAGUCUGAGUGAUGUCAUCCGGGCAAAGGAGAUGUUUUCAGAAGCAGAGCUGAAAGAUUUGAUACUACAAGUGUCUUUGGGUCUGAAGUACAUUCAUAGUUUAGGACUUGUGCACCUGGACAUCAAACCAAGUAAUAUAUUCAUUUGUCAGCGCUCAGUCUCAAGCGCAGCGGGUGAAGGCGAGAGUGAGGAAGAGGAUGAACGAAGCCAUCCAGCAGGAGUCGUAUACAAAAUUGGGGAUCUGGGUCAUGUGACAUCAACCAAUAAUCCGCAAGUUGAGGAAGGUGACAGCCGCUUUCUGGCCAUCGAGGUCCUGCAUGAGGAUUACAGCAAUCUUCCAAUGGCGGACAUCUUUGCUUUGGGCCUCACAGCUCUGCUGGCUGCAGGCGCCCCGCCGAUGCCCCAAAAUGGAGAGGAGUGGCACCGCCUCAGAGAGGGGAACGUCCCCAUGCUUCCAAUGGAGCUCUCUGCUCCCUUCCACAGUCUGAUUCAGUCGUUGUUGAAUUCCGACGUGACCAAACGGCCUUCUGCUAAAGAGCUUUGCAAGCACAGCGUCUUAAGACUGGAGAGGACCGGGAGGCUGGCAGCUCAGCUGCGCCAAGAACUCAAUGUGGAGAAGUUCAGGACAGCCAUGCUUGAAAAGGAGCUCCAGGAGGCCCGCGAGGCUGCAGAGUCCCACAAAAGGAGCCCCUUGUCGGGCCUACAGCUUCCUGUCAAGAUGGGGUCACUGCCCAAGCUUGGGAGGAGGCUUGUGGGCAGGAAAACGGCACGGUCUAUGAGCUUUGGUUGUCCCGGAGUGUAUUAAGUGUGGAGAGAAGGAAGUCCUAACUACAAUAUGAGCUUGUCCACUUUAGUGAGAGCAAAGUUUGUCAGCUUCUGUAAAUAAGAUGCUAUGCAAUAGCAUGCUUCUUUUAUAUUCUUUUUAAAUGUGAAUAAACAUUUUAACAUUUUUAGCUUUAA